AUGACUCCGAUCGAACGUAUCACGGAGGAUUUGGAGAAGCCAGAGUUGGACGACCGCUCAUACCGCGUCAUUCGUCUCCCAAAUAAGCUGGAGGCUCUCCUGGUACAUGACCCUGACACUGAUAAGGCGAGUGCUGCAGUCAACGUCAAUGUGGGCAACUUCUCCGACCAAGAUGAUAUGCCGGGCAUGGCACACGCUGUAGAGCAUCUUCUGUUCAUGGGUACCAAGAAGUUUCCUGUCGAAAACGCCUACAACCAAUACCUUGCCUCGCAUUCGGGCUCAUCAAACGCAUAUACGGCCGCCACCGAAACAAACUAUUUCUUUGAAGUCUCGGCAACGGGCGACUCGAGCGAAUCCGGAUCAGAUGGUAAAAGCACCCCAACCGAUCGGACGAGUGCCUCAAACGGCACAGUCGCCACCGGAACGGAGGAGAGUAAAUCACCCUUAUAUGGGGCCCUCGACCGAUUCGCCCAAUUUUUCAUAGAGCCCCUCUUUUUGGAGUCGACUUUAGAUAGGGAACUGCAGGCUGUCGACUCGGAAAACAAGAAAAACCUCCAGAGCGACCUGUGGCGACUAAUGCAGCUGAACAAGUCCCUUUCCAACCCCGCGCAUCCCUACCACCACUUUUCCACUGGUAACUUGCAGACCCUGAAGGAGGAUCCCCAGAAGCGUGGCCUGGAUAUUCGGAGCGAAUUCAUUCGGUUCUAUGAGAAGCACUACUCGGCCAACCGAACGAAGUUGGUAGUCCUGGGCCGGGAAAGUCUAGACACUUUGGAGCGAUGGGUCGCUGAACUGUUUUCUGAUGUAGAAAACAAGGAUCUGCCCCAGAACCGCUGGGACCAUGUGCAGCCCUUUUCGGAGGCCGACAUGUGCACCCAAGUCUUUGCAAAGCCUGUCAUGGAAUCCCGAUCGAUGGACAUGUACUUUCCGUUCUUGGAUGAACAGGAUCUGUAUGAUUCCCGUCCCAGCCGGUAUAUCAGCCACCUGAUUGGCCAUGAAGGUCCCGGGAGUGUACUCUCGUAUCUGAAGGCCAAGGGCUGGGCCAAUGGUCUCUCAGCGGGGGCUAUGCCUAUCUGCCCAGGAUCUGCCUUCUUCACCAUCUCCGUGCGUCUGACACCCGAGGGUCUCAAACAGUAUCGAGAGGUUGCAAAGGUGAUUUUCGAGUACAUUGCUAUGAUCAAGGAGCGGGAACCAGAGCAGUGGAUCUUCGAUGAGAUGAGGAAUCUGUCUGAGGUGGAUUUCCGUUUUAUGCAGAAGAUCCCUGCCAGUCGGUUCACCAGCAAUCUGAGUAGUGUGAUGCAGAAACCCUUGGACCGCAAAUGGCUUAUUAGCGGAGGGCUGCUUCGACGCUUCGACGCGGACCUGAUUAAGCAAGCUCUAUCGUACCUGCGUGCGGACAACUUCCGUCUUAUCGUUGUGUCGCAAGACUUCCCUGGCGAAUGGGAUGAGAAGGAAAAAUGGUAUGGUACUGAGUACAAGGUGGAAAAAAUCCCCAAGGACUUCCUUUCCGGGCUCGAAGCGGCUCUGAAAUCGACGGAUGCGACCCGCACUUCUAAUGUGCACAUGCCUCAUAAGAAUGAGUUUGUGCCGACUCGACUCACCGUCGAGAAGAAGGAGGUUGACGAACCUGCGAAGACGCCAAAGCUCAUUCGACACGAUGAUCGUGUUCGGCUAUGGUACAAGAAGGACGACCGCUUCUGGGUUCCAAAGGGAACAAUCCAUGUGACGCUGCGUAAUCCACUCGUGUGGGCGACACCGGCAAACCUCAUCAAAACCAGGCUCUACUGCGAGCUUGUUCGGGACGCUUUAGACGAAUAUUCCUACGACGCCGAACUCGCUGGAUUGGAUUAUCACCUCUCUGCGAACAUCUUGGGUCUCGACAUUUCGGUCGGAGGCUAUACUGACAAGAUGUCCGUUCUCCUCGAGAAGGUGCUGACUACCAUGCGCGACUUGACUAUCAACCAAGACCGCUAUGAUAUCAUUACUGAGCGGCUUGCACGAGCCUUCCGUAAUGCCGAAUACCAGCAGCCUUUCUACCAGGUUGGUGACUACACACGGUAUUUGCUGUCCGAGCGGAGCUGGAUCAAUGAGCAGUAUAUCGAGGAGUUGGAGCAUGUCACAUCUCACGAUGUUAUCAAGUUCUUUCCUCAGCUGUUGGAACAAACUCAUAUUGAAGUUUUGGCCCACGCUCAGUGGUACCUGCGGCGCAACAUGAUGUUUGCCCCUGGCAGCAACUAUGUCUACCCGCACACGCUGAAAGACCCUGCCAACAUCAACCACUGUAUUGAGUACUAUCUAUAUAUCGGUCUCUUCUCAGACGCCGUCCUUCGAUCAAAGCUUCAGCUGUUUGCCCAGAUGACCGACGAGCCUGCAUUUGACCAAUUGCGGAGCAAGGAACAGCUGGGGUAUGUGGUGUGGAGUGGCUCUCGCUACAGCGCAACAACCAUGGGCUAUCGGGUGAUCAUCCAAAGCGAGCGUAACGCGCCGUAUCUGGAGUCUCGGAUUGAAUCCUUCCUUCGAGAGUUUGGAACCUCGCUUGAGAAAAUGCCGGAAGAUGAGUUUGACGGCCACAAGCGAAGUGUUAUCAACAAGCGGUUAGAGAAGCUCAAGAACCUUGGCUCUGAGACAGGUCGAUACUGGUCGCAUAUCGGAUCGGAGUUCUUUGACUUCUUGCAGCAUGAAAAGGAUGCAGCCAAUGUGCGCACUUUGACCAAGGCUGAUUUGAUCGAAUUCUACCACCAAUACAUCGACCCGGAUUCCCCCACCCGAGCCAAGCUCGCCAUUCAUCUGAAUGCCCAGGGUGGUGUGAAUGCCAAGGAAAUCAGUGCGGGCCAUAAACGCGCUAGUCUUGUCGAAGCCAUCGAAAAGCAACUCGGAGUGGCCGGAUAUCCUGUAGACCCCCACCGGCUGGCUAGCGCGUUCGCUGAAUUAGACAUGGCCUUGGUUGAUAAUGCGCAAGUCCUGUUUAUAAUCAAGACUUUCCUCGCCACGGACUUGAGUCUUUCGCCGGAGCAGAUCGCCCCCGUCGCCGAGAAGAUGGAAAAGAUCCUCGGAAUGCAGCUUAAGGUCCUUGGGCUACUACCGCCCACUAAAGAUGAACAAGCGGUGACUUCUAAGGAUCUGUCUCCCACUGAAAUACAAGCGGCUACGACGAUUACUGACGUUUCUACAUUCAAAGCCAGUCUUCCUGUCAGCGCAGGACCUGUCCCCGUGUCUGAUCUCACGGAGUUCGAGGAUUUUGACGCGAAGCUGUGA